CGGUGGCAGGUGUUUCUGGCUGAUGUCACUUUCCACAGUCACAUGACCUGCAGUGAGUCACGUGAUCAGGGCUCCAUUCUCGCCAUUUUGAGUCCAGAGUGAAGCACUUUUUAUACCACAGAAAUAAAAAGGCAGCGCAUCACGAGCUCCGAGGCCAAAGAUCAGACAAAACUGCCGCAUCAGAAUGGAGGACAGCAGUGGAGUCGCUGUCCUUGUGCCUCACUCUAGAGGCCAGCAGGAUACCGUCUUCAUUCCCGACAGACGUCUUCAUGGUGCCGAGGACCAGGAACGGCAGCAGCAAAAGCAGGCUGCAGACUCUCUCAUUCAGGUCAUUGAGAAGCUCAGCAAGAUUGUGGAAAAGCGGCCCAGACGGUGUACAGUCUCUGGGAAAAAGAGACCCUUGGUGACCUGUGCUUCUGUACCUGUUCCAGACAGCAGGGACAGCACAGAAGUGGUCACCCCUUGUAAGAGAUCCAGAGAACUAAGGGAUGACCGCUCAACGGUCACAUGCUACCAGUGCAGUAUGUGCAGAUUUAUCUCCCCUAGAUUGGAGCUGUUGAAAGAGCAUCUGCUACUUCAUGAUGAGCAGCACAGUGACCUCAUCCUCAUGUGCUCCGAGUGCCAGUUCACUUCAAACCAUCAAGAGGAGCUGGUGGCACAUAUAAGACUCCACCUGGAGGAGGGCGAGCAUGCCAGACACAUCCUAGAUGAGCAAGCAUCAGCAAGGAGCGUUCACCAAAGGAUGGCAGUUUUGAAGGCAAGCGAUUCAGAAUCAGAGAAGACGUCCACUCCCAAGAAGUGGUACAGCUUUGAGCAUGGCAGGUACCGUUGUCUCAUCUGCAACUACGAAUGCAGACAACAACGCAAUCUGAAGACCCAUGCAUGGAAACACGCUGGCCUGGUUGAUUGCUCGUACCCCAUAUUUGAGGACGAGACGGACUCUCCUGGUACCCUACAAAGCUCCAGUCCUCCUUUGGUUCCAGCAGGUAAAGAGGAUACCAUAGUGGUCCUCGCAGCUUUCGGAGGAAAACCUCAGACCAUUCAUGGCUCCUCCAGCCUCCAGCUAGAGCUGUGUGCUUCACCAGAACUGAGGUGUCAUGGGGAGGAGGAAGCUUUGAAAACAGUGGAGACCAAACUCCCAAUGAUCAGUCAAGCGUUUUCUCUUAAAGUCCCAGAGGAGCCUUUGGUGGAGGUCCAGAUGACACCAGAAGCCCAAAUGGAGCUGGAGUUGGAGACCGAGAACCAACAGGCAAGCUCUGACAGCCUCCUGUCCUCUGCGCAGAAGAUAAUUAACUGCAGUGGCAACAGUUCCGGCCACGUCAACGUCAUCGUGGAACGCCUUCCCUGUGCCGAGGAACCGGUGUCCAGCAAACCUUUGCUCCUCAGCCCAGAAGUAGGAGGAGACAAGACCCUCCUUGCUUCUGAGGAGUCAGAGAGCCAACACAUAUACUAUAAACAAAAGGAGGAGGUUGUGAUCACCUGGAAUGGAGUAGAUCAACAACAAGAGGAAGAGUCAGUGUCUUCAGGUUCUCCCUCAGAUGAAAACGUGCCACCGGUUCGGAGGAGGACUUACUCGGAGUCUCUUCGGCUGCAUUCUUUGGCAGCCGAGGCAUUGGUGGCCAUGCCCAUGAGGACCCCAGAGCUUAGCAAAACAACUGCAAAAGCUAUCCAUGACCCGAGUACUCAAAGCCCUGACACGGGCCAGGGAAUUAUAGAGAUUGCUGACACUGCCAACCCUAAGGUGUCCUCGGGAGAGCUCACGGUUGCUAUUGGGGAUCCAGGUGCUCUUCUCAAUCUUGGCCUCCAGAGUUCAAGAGACUCUCGAGAUGUGCUGGUCGAGGGACCCUCCAAAGCUGGAAUCAGCAUGUCUCUUUUGACUGUCAUCGAGCGACUGCAAGAGCGUUCUGACCAAAACACUUCAGACGAGGACAUUCUGAAAGAGUUGCAGGACAAUGCCCAAAGCCAACAUGGAGGUGGAGUUUCUGGGGGUGCUGCUGUGCCUGGCAACAUUUCCACUACAGACGGUCUGGUGGAUUAUAUUGCUGGGAGCGAAAGGCCCUACCGCUGUCGACUCUGUCUGUACAGCAGCGGAAACAAAGGUUACAUAAAGCAGCACCUACGUGUUCAUAGACAAAGAGAACCCUAUCAAUGCCCAAUCUGUGAGCACACAGCCUGUGACAGUAAGGACCUGGAGAGUCACAUGAUCCACCACUUCAAGCCUCGCAUGUACAACUGCAAACAGUGCACUGAACGGUUCCACUACAAGAGUCAGCUGAGAAACCAUGAGAGAGAUGGGCAUGGGAUAGAUGACAUCAGCAGCACACUGACCCACGUCACUGAAAGAACAGCAAUCAUUGAAGAGCCAGUCAAGAUAACAGAUGAUGAUUCAGUUGGUGAACAGAGCGUUUUCAAAUGUGAUGUGUGCGACUACACCAGCUCCACGUAUGUUGGGGUGCGCAACCAUCGGCGAAUCCACAGCUCUGAUAAACCAUACAGGUGCUGCAGCUGUGAUUUUGCCACAACUAAUAUGAAUAGCCUGAAGAGCCACAUGAAGAGGCAUCCACAGGAACACCAAGCCAUGCAGCUGCUGGAGCAGUACAGGUGCUCUCUGUGUGGUUACGUGUGCAGCCACCCACCAUCUCUCAAAUCCCACAUGUGGAAACACGCAGGAGAUCAGAAUUACAACUAUGAGCAAGUCAACAAAGCCAUCAAUGAGGCCAUUUCCCAGAGCAGCCGAUCUCCUGCUGCACCUCUAAAGUCAGCACAUGAGACUGUCUUGAACAGAAGAGACAAACCAGAGGGUAAUAACCCCGUGAGGUCUCAGGCCGGUGGAGCUGUGCCCUGGCAGAGCGGCUCGGAGCAGAUACGGCCAGGUAUGGAAUACUGUGUGCUGCUCUUUUGCUGCUGUAUCUGUGGCUUCGAGUCCAGCAGUAAAGAGCAGCUGAUGGAGCACAUGAAGCAGCAUGAAGGAGAUCUGAUCAGCAUCAUACUGAGCAAGGAGCAGCAGGGAAACCAGCCCACAGAGACCAGCAGCAGCCAGUGAAGCACACCUUUUCAUACACACUGUUCUUCUGUCAUUUCUGCUUGAACAGGCAACAUGCACAAUCUGUCAAUCUAUCUUUGUAUUGACAUUAGUUUCUGUUACCGUUAUUGACCAUAUGUGAAUCAAAUAGUUAACCAAUGCAAAUGUAGUACUUCAGUAGUUCAGCAGAGGAAAGGGUUUUUAGAUUUCAAAGCCAUCGUAUACCUCAUCUGUUGAUGAUCUACAAUAUAAAGUCCACACAUGAAAAUGAGGCAGCUUCUCCAGUUCACUGUAAUAUUAUUUAUAUCUAUAUUUCUUAUGUGCAUUUACUUUUAAGGCAGCACUUGCCAUGUCAAAUUUCAAGUGUAGAGAGACAGAUUUAUUUUUUGCUCUCUAAUGUGUGUCAGUGUUUGCUUUGAUAUUUAUCAAACUAACUUAUUUUAUAUGCAUGUUCCCCUCCGUUAUGUUCAUACAAAAUGAGAAAAUGUUUCAAGUUACGGUCUAAUUAUGGUGCUAUUGGUGAAAUAGAAAACAUAAUUUUUUUCCAAAAAUUGUAUAGAACUGUUAUAUUUGAGUUGAACUGUGUUCUCAUUGAAACAGUGCAAGUUUAAAAUUGGACACAUUUAAAAAUUAAUAAUUGAAAACAUGCAGUAGAAAAAAAAAAGCGAUAAAAGGAUAGAUGUAUAGAUUAUUUACUAUUAUUUUUAUUAUUAAACAUACAUAUUGAUGUAUCAAGCUUUUAAAAAAAGUUCAAAUGCCAACACUUGAAGACCGUUUCUUCACUUUAUAUUUUCAUAUUCGGCUUUCUUUUCUGUUAUGAAUGUUAUUGCAGGAUGUUUUUGUUUUAAUCUGCUGUAAUGAUAGAAAAGCUA